GAUGGGAUGUUCAAUGCGGCUCCUGAUACACCGUCUCCUGUCUACCCGGAUCGUUUAAUUCGUCCUCUCCCUAGACGUACCCUUCGCUCUCGCCUGUCCUCCGAAGCGGCCGACUCGAUCCUCUUCCCUCCGGCCCCGGCAACUCAACUCUUCUACGGGACCUCGGUGGAUAGCGCGAAUCUCGUAAAUGACACGAAGGUGUACGUGCAACAGAGUGAAGGUGGUGAUCAGAGCCCCGAGCGUGACCACCUCCAGUACGAGAACGGAAUAGAGUUGGUGAGCGGCGAUGAGGACGGGCCUGUAGUUGUUCGACGAAGUGCCGGUUUUCGAGGGUCCUCCUUGUCCCCGUCGGCCUCCAGUGCACAACCUCAGGCCGUCCCCACCAACGGGGACCGGGCGCCCGUUAAGUCAUCUUCUGCGGGUCCUGAUGGGUACGACGCGUUUGAGAACACUAACAACAAGAAGAAACGCAAGAUCCCGACUCCAGGCAGCCUUGGGAGCCACCAUUCCACGCUUUCUCCUGAAUUUUCCACCAUGGGGCUGGCCAGCUCGGUCCAACCCUCCUCGGCCAGUGAAAGCAGCCAUGUGAGUACAUUCUACGGCACCGGGAGCCCCGCGUCGCCGAUAUCCAGUGGCAUGUCCGGGGCCGGCAGAGGUCGUCUCGGUCGUCAACCGCAUCGCAGCACCGGCCGAAACUCUUUCUCGCUUCACUCACCGAUCAGCUGGCCUCGGACCCCCAGCCGACGCGACGGUCUGUUGUCCUCCCCUGGGCCUGCAGACUCGUCCGAGAAACCCGACCAGGGUAUCAUUUCAGCGGCCAUCGCUAACGCCGCCGCGUCCGCGUUUGCCCCUCGCCCUGCCAGUCCCAGCCAUGUCAGCAUGCUCGAACGACACACUCCCACGCCUACUAAGACACAAUUCACGUUCACGUGUGAAUCCGAUUCCUCGAAAGGCAUGGCGCUCCAACCCCCGACUCUGUACCCCGCGCUCCACCGCUCACCCUCGUCUCUCCCCGCUGCUGCGCCGAACCAGAGGGGCCCCUCUCAAGGAACACAAACGAGCCCCCACAUGGCCGCUCAGCCCAACACACAGGAAUCUCAGCACCAACCACCGCAACCGCAAGCGGGCACGGGUGAAGCUCCUGCGGCGAGGAAGAAGAAGCGAUCGCCGGGCAGUGUUUACGCUCUGGCUGCGCGUCAACGCAAAAUUCAGCAGCAGUACGCAAACCUCCACCACCCCCCGAUUAUUGAGGACAUCUGGAUCUGCGAGUUUUGUGAGUACGAGAGUAUUUUCGGACGUCCACCGGAGGCCCUCAUUCGGCAAUACGAAAUCAAGGAUCGCAAGGAGCGCAAGCGACUGGCCGAGAAGAAGCGACUGCUUGAGAAAGCCAAGAUGAAAGGCCGCAAAGGCAAGAAGGCGUCUAAGAAUGCCACCAAGCAGGCAGCAGCUCAGCCGGCAACCUAUGACCAUGGACACGAUCGCGCAUCUGUGGAUCACUCUGCGACGGGAGGCGGGGCUGGAACCCAUGAGGAUGAGUAUGGGAGCAACGAGCAUGAAGAAGAGGCGGACUCAAGCCCACCAGCACCACCACCUUUAGCUCCCCCGACAAGUGCCAAGGGCGCCUUACCACCGAGCAAUGCACCAAAAGUGGCGGCGACGGGGUCGGGCGCUAAAGGGAUUGUUGACGGAGAGACGCGGCCGCCCUGA